AUGCAAACUGGAGAUUUGUUGCCAUGCAAGAUUUGUGGAAGGACUUUCUUUCCUGCAGCACUGAAAAAGCAUGGACCCAUUUGCCAAAAAACUUCUGCCAAGAAAAGGAAGACGUUCGAUUCCAGCCGUCAGAGAGCAGAGGGAACUGACAUUCCCACAGUGAAACCUCUUAAGCCACGGCCAGAACCACCCAAAAAACCUUCUAACUGGAGACGAAAGCACGAGGAGUUUAUAGCAACUAUACGAGCAGCCAAGGGACUUAAUCUUAAAGAUGGUGGAAAACUCCCUCCACCACCUCCACCAUCAUAUGACCCUGAUUACAUUCAGUGUCCUUAUUGCCAGAGGAGAUUCAAUGAAAAUGCAGCUGACAGACACAUCAAUUUCUGUAAGGAGCAAGCAGCACGGAUUACUAACAAAGGGAAAUUGGCAGCUGAUCCCAAAGGGAAGCUUCCUACUCGCACACAGUACAAACCUGCUCCAGUUAAGAAGAUGCCUUCUGUAGGAUCAGCACCAUCAUCAUCGUCACGCUUACCACAGCCAAGUGGUGUUAGCAAAACCGGUGUAGGUGCCUCUUCAAAUAAAGCCCUGUCUUCGUCUGGAUCCAGUGGGAGCAAAAUUCAAACAUUAUCCCCAGGUCAUAAAAACUCGGUGGGAAUGGUGAACCCACAAGCAGGUAAGAUGGACAAGUUAGGCCCACCACUGCGAACUGGAAGAGAUGUGCCAAAGUUUUAUGACACUGAUACAAAACCAGACAGUGCCAUCCAAAGACCAUAUGUGUUGUUACCUGUGAAGAAAGGCACAACAAAACCACGGACAUCAACUCCUCCUAGUGUGGCAAGAACCAUGAGCACAGGUGCCCUAACAAACAAAAGGAAAACCAGCAAUUCAGAAAUUUACUCAAGGUCUGACAGUAGAACUGUGCAUGACAGUGGAGACCACCCAUCCUCAGUCAAUGGAGGAAGUUCCAAAAGCAGUGAAGGAAAUUUACCUGUACAGUUCUCAAAGUUCUGCCACGAAUGUGGGACGAGGUAUCCAGUGGAAUGGGCUAAGUUUUGCUGUGAGUGUGGAAUUCGAAGGAUGGCUGUGUGA